UCAGAUAAUCAAUAUCCCUGGGGCCAGGGCAGGGUCUCUUCCCUCAUACUUCCUAAAUCCCUUCCCUGGAAUCCCCUGUGUGUGUGUGUCAGAGGGGACUGAAAUUCUUUUGUCUCUCUCUCCUCCAGGAUGUCAGAACCACCUUGAGCAGGUGUGAGAUGGAGAAGUUCCAGCAGCCAGAGGAGAUUUCUCCUGAACUGGAAGAGCGAGUCAGUGGUUUCUCCCAGAAAAGGAUUGUGCUAUUGGAGAUUCUGGGGAAGUUCAAAGACACUCUGCCGUCGGAAUUGGAGAGAAAAAGGGGAGAAUCAUUUGGAACAUACAGACAGGCGAAUGUGACUCUGGAUCCGGACACGGCUCAUCCCCAACUCGUUGUGUCUCAGGAUCGGAAAAGUGUGAGAUGUGGAGACACACGGCAUCAGCUGCCCAACAACCCUGAGAGAUUUGACUAUUGGUCUUGUGUGCUGGGCUGUGAGGGAUUCACUUCGGGGAGACAUUGCUGGGAGGUGGAGGUGGGGGCUGGGGGAUACUGGGCUGUGGGGGUGGCCAGAGAGUCUGUGAGGCGGAAGGGAGGGAUCAGCCGUAGCCCUGAGGGGGGGAUCUGGGCUGUGGUGUGGUGGGGGUGUCAGUUCCAGGCUCUCACCUCCCCUGUGACUCCCCUGCCCCUGAGCCGGGUCCCCAGCAGGAUCUGGUUUUGUCUGGACUGUGACCGGGGGCAGGUGACAUUUAUCGAUGCUGGUGACGAGGCCCCGAUCUUCACUUUCCCGCCGGGCUCCGUCCCUGGGGAGAGAAUCCGACCCUGGAUCUGUGUGGAGACAUGGGGAUCCUGGCUCAGCCUGUGUCCCUGA